UGCUCAGACAGCAGAAGUCGACCAAAGAAUUUCUGCUCCAGCUGAUUCGGUCGCCAUCUUUGUUCCGAACAUAAACAACACCAGACAGUCGCGUUGGUAUUUACAUGUUCUGCUGCUGUUUGGAGGAAAACGACACCGUCACGUCGUCGCUGCUGUGACCUGUUAACAGAAGAUGAGGGGGGAUCUGGUGACCUGAGCCUCCGUGUCAGUGGAACGGUAGGAGAGCUUUCCUGUCGAGCUGCAGGUCGUCAGCUGAUCCUCCUUUUAAAUAGAUGGGGACCCGAGGUGGAUCACCUCAACGGGAGGGAGAGGAGGUGUAAAGGGGGGGGCGGGGAGGCCAGCAGAGAGGGCCGGAGGAGAUGGACCAGGAGUACGAAAGACGACUGCUGAGGCAAAUAAACCACCAGAACCUGCCGACAGAGGCCCGUCUGUCAAAGUGUGCGAGUGCGACCUGCAGUCCUGUCAGUGUAAAGUCAGGGGACCGCUUCAUUCCCACUCGCGCUGGAAGCAACUGGAGCAUCAACUUCCAUUACGCCAAUGAGAACUGCCGGUCCCCAAAUCAGAACCAUAAAGCAAAAGACGCCAGCUCAGACUCAAGCAAAGACGCUGUGGCAUAUGCAGCCCUGUUGAGGAAUGAGUUACUGGGGGCGGGAAUAGAGAGUGUUCCAGACCCUCACACAGAUGAUCGGCGGCAUGCUGUCCUCUCACAAGACUCUCACAGCCUUUUUAGGUACACUGUCCACGCUAAGAGAGUGCCUUUUGAUAGCGAUAAUGAAGUCUCACCAUACUCCCUUUCUCCUCUUAGUAACAAAAGUCACAAGCUGCUCCGCUCCCCUCGUAAACCAGCCCGUAAGAUCUCCAAGAUCCCCUUCAAAGUGCUGGAUGCUCCGGAGCUGCAGGACGAUUUCUACCUCAACCUGGUAGACUGGUCGGCAGGGAACUUGCUCAGCGUUGGGCUGGGAGCCUGCGUCUACCUGUGGAGCGCCUGUACCAGCCAGGUGACCAGAUUAUGUGACCUCUCAGUGGAUGGGGACUCUGUUACGUCAGUUUGUUGGAAUGAGAGGGGGAGUCUUGUUGCUGUUGGUACACAUAAAGGUUACGUUCAGAUCUGGGACGCAGCCGGAGGGAGAAAGCUGACCAGUCUGGAGGGUCACUCGGCACGUGUAGGUGCCCUGGCGUGGAACGGCGAGCAGCUGUCGUCUGGGAGUCGGGACCGAGUGAUCCUGCAGCGGGACGUCCGAACCCCCCCUUCUGCUGAGAGGAGGCUGCAAGGUCACAGGCAAGAAGUGUGUGGUCUCAAAUGGUCUCCGGACCACCAGCACCUAGCAUCUGGAGGCAACGACAACAAGUUACUGGUGUGGAACAGCUCCAGCCUCCUCCCCGUGCAGCAGUACAGUGACCACCUGGCAGCGGUGAAGGCCAUCGCCUGGUCGCCACACCAACACGGGCUGCUGGCAUCAGGGGGCGGCACCGCAGACCGCUGCCUGCGCUUCUGGAACACACUGACGGGUCAGGCUCUGCAGAGCACAGACACUGGCUCCCAGGUCUGCAAUCUGGCCUGGUCCAAACACGCUAACGAACUGGUGAGCACUCACGGCUACUCUCAGAAUCAGAUCCUAGUCUGGAAGUAUCCGUCCCUAACACAGGUGGCCAAGCUGACAGGACACUCUUACAGAGUUCUAUACCUGGCCGUGUCACCUGACGGGGAGGCCAUCGUUACAGGAGCUGGAGAUGAGACACUACGUUUCUGGAAUGUCUUCAGUAAGACACGCUGCACAAAGGAAUCAAAGUCUGUGCUGAACCUCUUCACCAGAAUACGAUAGUGAGCAGCUCGAGUCAGGACUGGUUUCAGGAGCAGCCCUCUAAGCUCUGGUUGCACAAAGCCCCCUAAAGACUCACAGACUAGAUCCCUCUCAUCUCAGCUCUGGCUCUCCUUGCACCAACCACCACCAACACGAGAGUCAUCCACUGAUCUUUUUCUAGAGAGGACACUGUCCAGACCUCCAACAAAAACUGCCCGCCCUAACAGUGGCGUCACUGACAAACACUGAAACACGUUGUCUGCUUCAAAAGCGUCUGUUUUUGUUUUCUUUUUCUGUUGUGGAAGUGAUGGAAUCGUUUUAUUAUAUAUCAGCAGAAGUAUACAAUGUACAAGAGUUCUAAGCUAUAGAAAAUCAUGACAUCUCAUUUUUAAACGGCUCUCCUUUGUAGAAGAGGGAGAAGAAGAAGAAAUGAGAGGAGGGGGGGUCGGGGUUUCUAUAUUUUCAUAAUGUAUGAUUAUGAUCUACAAGCAGAAUACAGAAGAGGAGAAACAAUAAAUACAUGAGCACACAGUUGCUUAAGCAGCUGUAAAGUA